AUGGGUGCUGUCGAUCGACAUGAUCAAAUGGUGCGCAAUUAUGCUAUUGAUCGCAAGUCCAGGAGAUGGUGGGUGAGAAUGUUUGUUAACUUUUUGGAUGCAAUUAUGGUCAAUGCAUACAUUGUGUACAAGGAAAAUUUCCGAAUUAUGAACAUGCCACCUCCACAAAAACCCCCAAAGCCAUUGUCCCAUGACAAAUUUAUGGCUGGUGUCAUCCACAAGCUGAUUGGAAAUUUUUCUUGCCGACGUCAGCCUGGCCCAGCACCAGCCAUGCCUCCCCCUCCAUUUCAUGGAAGGGACCAUGAUUCUGUCAAUCUUGCUGACCUGGGGCUCCUGAAUAUUGUCACAAGUGUACCAGCAGCAGAAGAUUUAUUAUCAACGCUAAAUAACUGCCAUCCGUCCAUACACUUCACCAUGGAGCUAGCAUCUGGAAACAAGUUACCUUUUGUCGGUAUGGAAGUGCUCAAGAAAGGCUGUAAACUAGAAACUAGUGUUUAUCGGAAACCAACAAACACAGGCCUAUUGCUUCAUCACCAGAGCCACGUCGAUAAAAGGUACAAGAAAUCACUACUUAAGACCAUGUUGAAUCGUGCAUUCCGCCUGUCGUCCACAUGGGAGUCCUUCAAAUCUGAAUGUGAUCAUCUAAAGAUGAUGUUUACAAACCUCAAGUAUCCCGACCACCUCAUCAAUUCCACCAUCUCUCACUUUGUCACCUCAGUUAGGUCGGAAAACCCUGGAGUGCAAGCUCAAUUAUCCGUCAACGAAAAUGCUGUUCACCGAGUGGUUUUGCCUUUUAAAGAUCAAAAGUCAGCUGACGCAGUGAAAAGGCAAUUAUCAGAUCUAAGCAACAAAAUCGAUCACACCCUUCAUCCCGUGUUCAAGAGUCGCAAAAUCUGUGAAGAUCUCAGAGUACGUGAGCCUAAACCUCCUAUAGUUAGCCAACAAUGCGUUGUAUAUAAUUAUAAAUGUGAUCUGUGUGAUGCAGAGUACGUCGGGUACACCAGCCGGCAUUUACAUCAACGUAUUAAUGAGCACCGUAAUUCGGCCAUCGGCAAACAUCUAAAGAACGACCACGGCCUACAAACCAUCGGCGACCUGACCAAGCAUUUCAACGUACUUAAAAAGUGCACCGGGAAACUGGACUGUUUAGUUCAUGAAAUGCUUUUCAUAAAGAAGAUGAAGCCCUCUUUGAACAAACAAUCGGAUUCCAUACGCGCGAAACUAUUUAUUUAA